AUGGCGGACCCCCUGAGGAGGACGCUGUCCCGGCUCCGGGGGAGGCGAGGGCCCCGCGCCGCCGGCGGGCUCGGGCUCCGGGCGGCCGCCGCAGCCACCGUGGCGGCCUCCUCCGCCGCGCACGGGGACGCGGGGGGCGCCCCGGCCGGCCCCCAGCGCGAGCGCGCCCGCCGAGCCCCGCGGAGCCCGGAGCCGCUCCCGCCGUCGCCGCUGGCACGGGGCGCGGGGCGGCGCCCGGAGGAGCCUGCGGGGGCGCUCGGGGGGCCGAGGCCGCGCGGCGGGAAGGAGGAGGCCGCCCCCCGGGGCCGCGCGCUCGCUCGCGCCCUGGUGCUCGCCGCGCCGGACUCGGAGGGCAGCGCGGAGGAGGAGGAGGAGGAGGACGAGGACGCCGCCGACUACUACGAGAACCUGCCCGGCGGCGGCGGCGCCCGGCCCGCGCCGGAGCCCCAGGGGGCGGAGCGGGGGCCCCCGCCUCCCCCGGCGGCGGCGGCGGGCUCCUCCCCGGGGGCGGGGGGCGGCUGCCUGGAGACGGGCAGGCUGCAGACCCAGUUGCGAGAGGCCUAUCACCUGCUGAUCCAGGCUAUGCACGACCUGCCCCCCGACCCGGGCGCGCGGCGGGGCCGGACGGGUCGCUGCUGCCCUGCGGGAGCCCGGGCUCCGGGCCAGCCGCCCUCCGCCGACGGCGCUGCGGACCGCCGGGCCGGCCCCCGGGACCGGGAGCGGGGGGCCCCGGGCCGCCCUGGGCAGCAGGUGUCCCCGCCCUGGCCGCCUCCGAGGGAGCCUUGGAGAGGAGGCCGGACCCCUCGGAUGCGCCUGCCCUGCAGCAGGAGCCUCGAGAGCCUCCUCCGGGACGGUGCCAAGCCCGCUCCCUUCCAGCGGUGGCCGAGCGACAGCUGCGUCGGGGGCGCGGCGCGCGGGGACCCCGGGGACCGGGACGAGCCCCCGCCACGUGGAGGCGGGAUGGACGGCUGGAGCGGGGGCCGCGCGCCGGCCGCCCGCGCGGCGUCUCACGGCUUCCCGAGUCCCCGCUCCAAGGACCCCGGCCGCUCCCCGGGGCGCGCUUUCAGGGAUCCUGCGGGCUCCCCGCCUGGGAUAGGCAGCAAAGGGGACGACCCCGAGGGGCUCCCCUUCCUCAAGCCGCCCGCGGUGACCGUCAAGAAGCUGCAGAAGUGGAUGUACAAGGGACGCCUGCUGUCGCUGGGCAUGAAGGGCCGCGCCGAGGGGACACCCCCCAAAGUCCCGGGAGCGCAGGACGCCUCUCCACGUCCAGGAGCUCGGAACAUGCGGGAAAGCCAAGUCCUCUCCGUGUCCCCAGACGAAAGAAUCACGCUGACAGAUUUAUUUGAAAAUGUUUAUGGUUCUACAAUGAAGAGAAGAGAACUUGAUGAUUUGAAGGGUAACAUUGGAUUCAGAGAUCAUAAGCCACUUAACAGUAUCACUGUGUCAAAGAAACGCAAUUGGCUAUAUCAGAGUACUCUGCGACCUUUUACUUUGGAGGAAGAAGAAAGUAAGAAAUACCAACAUAUAAGCCGUUUGCCCAUCUCGCCUGCCUCUCCACGUAAACAUCAGUUAUCACAGCCUUUCCUCAAACCACCUGAGGAAUAUUGCCGGUAUGUGGUGUGUAAUGAUACAGAUGCUUCGUUAUCAAGAAACUGUUCUUUGGACUUCAAUGAGGAAAACGAUGCAGAUGAUGAAGGGGAAAUAUGGUACAACCCCAUUCCUGAGGAGGAUGACGUUGGUAUGUCACAUGCUUUGAGUUUGGGUGAGGCAAACUCUGCUCUUCUGAAGUUUCCUGCCAUCAGUUGGCGAGUAUUAGCCAGGGGCAACCUACGGAAAGCAGAGCCGCACCCUGACGACUUGCUGUGCUCUUCCGAACACACAGGCAGUGUUCAGACCACACAGUCAAAUGCAACGAAGCCUGUAGAUUCUAUCCAUCCCACAGAAUUUGUGCAGCAGCACACGCAAAGGCUUGGACACAAGACACAAGACGGCAUAAUGGUGGACCACAAUCCCGUGUUGAAAUCUCCGUCUGCAGGUCCUGGGAUCCUAGCUGCUACAAAUAAGACUGAAUUGGGCAUUUUAGAAUCAUCUUCUCCAAGCCCUAGCCUUGUGAAAAAAGGCAGUUCGAUUAAUUGGUCUUUCCCGGAUAAAAUCAAAUCUCCACGCACUGUGAGGAAACUUUCCAUGAAAAUGAAAAGGUUGCCAGAACUUAGCCGAAAACUGAGUGCUAGAGGAAACUUGAAUUACAUAAACAGUCCAGAUAAUCCCCCUUCCUUGUCUAAAUGUGACUAUCAGGAAAUUCAUCAUUCUGUUAUUCUGCCUUCUGGGAACACAACCACAGCUGCGAAGAGGAAUGUUAUAAGUCGGUACCAUCUUGAUACCAGUGUGUCUUCCCAGCACAGCUACCAGAAGAAACCCUCUAUGAGUUCUAAGUAUUCCUGCAGAGGCGGUUAUCUCAGUGACGGAGAUUCACCUGAGCUCAUAACUAAAUCUAGCAAACACGGAUCUGAGAACAGAUUUGGGAAGGGAAAGGAAGUCAUUCCCAAUAGCUGUAGCAAGAAUGAAAUCGACAUUGAUGCUUUCAGACAUUACAGCUUUUCUGAUCAACCUAAGUGUUCCCAAUACAUAUCUGGGCUCAUGAGUGUGCAUUUCUAUGGUGCUGAGGAUUUAAAACCACCUCGGAUAGAUUCAAAAGAUGUCUUUUGUGCAAUUCAGGUAGACUCAGUAAACAAAGCAAGAACUGCUUUGCUUACGUGUCGGACGACAUUUUUGGACAUGGAUCACACUUUCAACAUAGAAAUUGAAAAUGCUCAGCAUUUGAAGCUGGUAGUAUUUAGUUGGGAACCCACGCCGAGAAAAAAUCGGGUGUGCUGUCAUGGAACUGUUGUUCUCCCCACCUUAUUCAGAGUGACCAAGACACAUCAAUUGGCUGUCAAACUUGAACCUAGAGGCCUUAUUUAUGUAAAAGUGACUCUUUUGGAACAGUGGGAGAAUUCUCUUCACGGACUAGAUAUAAACCGAGAGCCGGUAAUGUUUGGUGUUGAUAUUCGGAAAGUUGUAGAGAAAGAAAAUACAGGAUUGAUGGUGCCACUCCUGAUACAGAAAUGUAUUACGGAAAUUGUAAAGAGAGGCUGCCAGGUAGUAGGCCUGUACCGAUUAUGUGGUUCGGCAGCAGUCAAGAAAGAACUUCGGGAGGCUUUUGAGAGAGAUAGCAAAGCUGUUGUUCUGUGUGAAAACCAGUACCCAGAUAUAAAUGUAAUAACAGGUGUUCUUAAGGAUUACUUAAGAGAACUUCCUUCUCCACUGAUAACAAAACAGCUUUAUGAGGCUGUAUUAGACACAAUGGCUAAAAAUCCCCUGAAAAUGUCAUCAAACAGUUGUGAGAAUGAUCCAAGUGACUCUAAGUACACAGUGGACCUGUUGGAUUGCCUGCCUGAUGUUGAGAAGGCAACACUAAAGAUGUUGUUGGAUCAUUUGAAAUUGGUGGCUUCUUACCAUGAAGUGAAUAAGAUGACCUGCCAGAACUUGGCUGUGUGCUUUGGACCAGUAUUACUAAGUCAGAGGCAAGAGACUUCCAACCACAACAACAGAGUCUUUACCGAUUCAGAGGAACUUGCAAGUGCUUUGGACUUUAAAAAACACAUUGAAGUUCUUCAUUACUUACUUCAGCUCUGGCCAGUGCAGCGUUUAACUGUCAAAGAAUCGCCAGAACAGAAGUCUUCUCUGAAUUAUUUGAGGAAGAAGAAGGAACGACCUCAGAUGUUAAAUUUGAGUGGUGCUGAUUCAUCAAGAGUACUUCGGCCACGGCAAACCAGAUUAGACAGUCCACUUAGCAAUCGUUAUGCAGGAGACUGGAGCAGCUGUGGAGAAAACUACUUUUUAAAUACAAAAGAAAAUUUAAAUGAUGUGGAUUAUGAUGAUGUCCCUUCAGAAGAUGGAAAAAACUGCAGCAAAAUGUAUGGACCUGAUAUAAUGAUUAAACAGCCAAUUCCCUUGUCCAAAGAGUGCACAUUUCAGACAUAUUUGACAAUGCAGACAAUUGAGUCUACAGUGGAUCGAAAAGUCAAUCUCAAAGAUCUACAAGAAAGUAUUGAUACAUUGAUUGGAAAUCUGGAGCGUGAGCUCAACAAAAACAAGCUUAGUAUGAGUGUUUGA